UAUUGAAAAUACCAUCUCAGAUCCGUGGCUUAAAGGUAAUGCUCUUCCUUUAACCAGCUGAAUUUAAUGCUACCAAUUUGCGAUAACUUUCCCGAAAGUAACCAAUGAAAAUAUAGAAGACAAAGAAAAAGACUUCGAACUGACUAUCAGCGAUGUUCCACGAACCAAUAGCCCAAACAUUUCCCCUAAUUGUAUCAGUCUGCGAAUUUAUGGCCCCAACUAUUAAAUGUUCCAGCCGGAGCUCCUCCACUGCUGGUAUUUUAUGACCAAAGCUCGGUAAAACAAAAUGGGAGAGGGCAGGAGGAUGCAUGGCCACGCCGGUUACUAAAGGUGAGGGUUCAGCCAGGGCAGCAUGUUAUAAGAAAUUCAAUUAUAAGAAUUUUAUAAUGGUUUUUGCGUGGCCACUGCACUGCACUCUACUUUUUUUCAAAAUCCUUCUUAUCAGAGGUGACACAUUUGAGAUAUGAGAUAUCUUAGUAAAUUCAAAAUAAUCGACUAUCAAGAACAGCCAAGUUCGUGAUUGAUUUUGAUAUUCGGCUUUAGCGAUUUUACAGUUGUUUCCCAGAGAAACUUAUCAAUAUUCGCUCAACAAAAAAAAAUUUAUAUGUGUGUGUGUUAUAUUUCUGAUAAGCUAUGACAAGUUUUCGAAUUCGAUUGAUUUCGGACCAAAAUCUGGUCCUCGUGGACGCCCCACAUCACGAGUCGGAGGUUUUUGUACCCCAGAUAUACAACAAUGACAUUGUGCUGUGGAACAUCGUACGAGAUCGUCGGUCGAAUCCAAAAGUCGAAUUUUGUGAAGAGCCUGUCCAGGGUCAAGACAAUGGUCAGCUCUGCCAGCGCCCACAGAUCCAGACUCGGAUAACGACGGCGACGGCAGGUCUGGCCCCCUGGGCGGUGUCCAUCGAAGGCAGUCCAUUUAGAAGAAUUGCGGAGGAAGGUUCCCGGUGUCCACUGUUUUCACUCAAGCUCAUCUCAAAUGGCAGCGUAGUGCUCGUGGAAUGCAAUGUCCACGAAUCGGAGAUCUUUCUACCGCAGAUUUGCGGUCAGUACAUAGCCAUGAAACGCAUCACCGGCCGCGAACUUUUACUGCCAUCCAAACCGAAGAUCUCUGCUGUCCAACCAGCUAAGUCCAAUUGUUUACGCAUUCAACCGACUCGCUUCUGUUCAAAAACGACCAACUUGGAUAUUCAGGCAAAAAAACGAAGAAGCGCAAAAGUCAAGAGCAAACCAAUCACUCUGGAGCUGGGGAUCAACGAACGUUGAAGUCCGCGAAACGAUAGCCCCUUGUCAAAUUCAUAUUAUGUGUAUGUCAGCCGAAAAUAAAUUGUAAAAUUUCCUGUUCCAGACCAUACGAUCGUGAUGGAAUCCAAAUAAAGAAUAAUAUACAAAGUAA